GUCUGGUCGGGCCUGAAGGGACAGGAGAGAGUGGCAAGAGUACGUUUAUCAAGCAGAUGAGAAUCAUCCACGGGUCGGGAUACUCUGAUGAAGACAAAAGGGGCUUCACCAAGCUGGUGUAUCAGAACAUCUUCACGGCCAUGCAGGCCAUGAUCAGAGCCAUGGACACACUCAAGAUCCCAUACAAGUAUGAGCACAAUAAGGCUCAUGCACAAUUAGUUCGAGAAGUUGAUGUGGAGAAGGUGUCUGCUUUUGAGAAUCCAUACGUAGAUGCAAUAAAGAGUUUAUGGAAUGAUCCUGGAAUCCAGGAAUGCUAUGAUAGACGACGAGAAUAUCAGUUAUCUGACUCUACCAAAUACUAUCUUAAUGACUUGGACCGCGUAGCCGACCCUGCCUACCUGCCUACGCAACAAGAUGUGCUUAGAGUUCGAGUCCCCACCACAGGGAUCAUCGAAUACCCCUUUGACUUACAAAGUGUCAUUUUCAGAAUGGUCGAUGUAGGGGGCCAAAGGUCAGAGAGAAGAAAAUGGAUACACUGCUUUGAAAAUGUCACCUCUAUCAUGUUUCUAGUAGCGCUUAGUGAAUAUGAUCAAGUUCUCGUGGAGUCAGACAAUGAGAACCGAAUGGAAGAAAGCAAAGCACUCUUUAGAACAAUUAUCACAUAUCCCUGGUUCCAGAACUCCUCAGUUAUCCUGUUCUUAAACAAGAAAGACCUUCUAGAGGAGAAAAUUAUGUAUUCCCAUCUAGUUGACUACUUCCCAGAAUAUGAUGGACCCCAGAGAGAUGCCCAAGCAGCUCGAGAAUUCAUCCUAAAGAUGUUCGUGGACCUGAACCCAGACAGUGACAAAAUUAUCUACUCCCACUUCACAUGCGCCACAGACACCGAGAACAUCCGCUUUGUCUUUGCUGCCGUCAAGGACACCAUCCUGCAGUUGAACCUGAAGGAGUACAAUCUGGUCUAAUUGUGCCUCCUCCACACCCGCCCUGCCCUUCCCUGGUGGGCUGUCGAAGAUACACAAGAGGGACUGUAUUUCUGUGGAAAACAAUUUGCAUAAUACUAAUUUAUUGCCGUCCUGGACUCUGUGUGAGCGUGUCCACAGAGUUUGUAGUAAAUAUUAUGAUUUUAUUUAAACUAUUCAGAGGAUGCUGAAGUACAGUCCCAGCACAUUUCCUCUCUUCUUUUUUUUUAGGCAAAACCUUGUGACUCAAUAUAUUUUAAAUUCUCAGUAAUACAUUCACAAAGAUGAGUUGUUUCUCCUUUUCUCUCUCUCUCUCUUUCUUUUUUAUUGAGCAAAACAAAGCUGAUUGCCCUUUUUCCUAAUCCAUACCUCUCUCCUGAUUUUCCCCAGGUUACGACGGUCUUUAUCCUAGUUCCAUUCUUGGUCAGGUUUUUCUCUUGAAUGAUACAGUCAGGACAACGUCAUUCGAUUUAAGCCAUCAUGCAUCAGCUUAAUUUAACAGUUUGUAGUUUUUGCUGAAGGAUUAUAUGUAUUAAUACUGUGGUUUAAAAUGUAUUGCUCUGGAUACACACACAUAGUUUCUUCUUUAAUAUAUAUAUCGUCUUGUCUCACUUUGGGCUGGGACAGUGGAUGCCCAUCUAAUGGUUAAAUGUCAUUUCUUUUGGAUUUUUGCCUUCAGCCACACCUUGAUUGCUCAGAGAAAUACACAGAAGUUAGUAAGUCAAGGGCAAAGAGACACAGAAAGAGUCCUUUCUUAGGAUGAAAUGCCAUGUGCCGUUGUCCUUCCUCCCUUCUUCCUUUUUCUUUCAUUGUUUUCCCCACUCUCUCUUUAAAUUGCAGAUGCCAAAAAAAAAAAAAUAUGCCAACAGACACUACAUUACUGCAAUGGCUGCUACCCAGAACCUGGUCUAAGGUUGUUCUUAGUUUUUUUUUGGUUCAAAUUUUUUCUCCCUCCUUUUUCCCCUUAGUGUUUGGGCAACAAUUUAAAAAUUACUUUUAUUAUGGGAAUGUGUUGCCAAAGCUGGCUUUUUGUAAAACAAAAUUAAGAAGAAAAACUUAAAAAAUAGAAGCCACUAUCUUAAAAUGUAAGAGAGUUAAGACUGUAAAGCCUAAAAUGACAGGCUGAGAAUGAACCUGAAAUACCAGUUGCCAAACAAUUGGUAACUGUAAAUUUGAUUCUCACGGUCUAUUACUUUCUUUGCCCGUAAGAUCACAUUGUUUAAUUGAAGUCCAUGUCCCACGUUGAGUGUCCAAAUCAGCAGUGUAGAAAAGCAUCCUGUGUGGUUUAACAUGAAAUCUGCUUGUGUCUCUUUUUUUGAAGCUAGUUUUUCUUCUUUAAGUUCAAAGUGAGUCUGCCAAGAACGUUGGUUGAUAGUAUUAUUCUGACACCCAUAAUAUGCAAAAUCUGAAGUUAUGACUAGUUUACCAUCUUCAGGAUCUUCUUGAACUGGUGACUGGUUAGGUUGAACUUAAGGAAGAUUUGUGGACUUAACUCCAAAGUAACCUCUCAGUGUACUAUAGAACAUGUAUUUAUGUAACUGAACCUACUAGGAGAGAUGUUUGGGAUUCUAUAUGUGCAAUUUUUCAACAAAUGCAAAAAAUAAAUAAAUAAAUAAAUAAAUAAAUAAAUAAUGGGAAGAAAGGGCUGCAUAAUGCGAUACUGCAAGACUCAGAUAUUGGUUGGAAACUCCCCUCAAAUCACCUUCAGAUCACCCUCAGUCUCCCUUUGUUUUCAGUUUCUCAAAAAGAAUGAAGUAUAGCAGAAUGUUAACCCAUCUAAAAAUAAAGUGUACCCACAUAUUGUAAUGUAUACUGCUGCUCUUCUUAAAAUUAAAUAAGGGUUUAAAAUCA